AUGCGUCCUGCACUCGGCUGUCGAUUCUACUCCGCGCAAUCGGACGAGGAGGAAGCCUUCGACCGUUUGCUGACCCACUUGGAUGACGCCGCCAAGGCCCCGGCCGGCAUGGCAGCUACCGGUCCCCCGCACAGGGCCUCGGCCGGUGCUCCGCUCGGGGGCGCUCCUCCUGGGGGCAGCUUCCCCGGAAAUGGUGCUUUCGGUGGCCACUUCCCGGGCAGCGCCAUCCCUGGCGGAGGCGGCUCCAGUAUGCCCCGCAAUGGUCAGGGUGGUGGCUCCACCGGUGGUUUCCCUGGUGGCCACUCUGGUACUCCGGCCGGUGGCAUCGGUGGCUUCCCCCGGGCGGCAGGUGGUUUCCCCGGCGGUGGCGGCGGCGGCGGCUUCCCGGGCGGUGGCGGCGGCUUUCCGGGCGGUGGCGGCGGCUUCCCGGGCGGUGGCGGCGGCUUCCCGGGCAGUGGCGGUGGCUUCCCGGGCGCCAAUCGUUUCCCCUCUGGUGCCGGGGGCUUCCCAGGAGGACCAACUGGGUUCGCCAGUGGUCCAUCAGGCUUCCCACAUACUCCCGAUGGUACUUCUGCUCAAGUCGCUAGCAGUCGGCCAAACAGCUACUACAGCCCCCCCGCAUCUCACGGCUUCGCCGGGGGCUAUUCAACGCCCAGUCAUGGUCAGGGAUUCCCUGCUGGAAGACAUCCUAUGCCCAACAUGGGCUAUGCGCCUCCGGCUGGGGGCUAUGCGCCUCCGGCUGGGGGCUAUGCGCCUCCGAGUGGGGGCUAUGCGCCUCCGGCUGGGGGCUAUGCGCCUCCGGCCGGAGGCUAUGUUCCCCCUGCCGGGGGCUAUGCGCCUCCGGCCGGCCAAUAUGGCCCCCCGGCUGGGGGGUAUGCCCCGCCUCCCGGGCGGUAUGCUCCUCCUGCUGGAUCCGGCGGCCAUUUUGCCCCGCCACCGGCCGGUGACUUGAGCAGUGGCUUCGCGAAGGGGAUCUCCCAGGGUGGCUAUGGCGGCGCGCAGGCCGGUGACUUUCCUGGCCGGGCGUCUUUUACGGCGCCGGCCGCCGACUAUCUGCGUGCCAUCGGCAGCAGCAGCAGCAGCAGCAGCACCAAUACCAACAUGCACCAUAUGGCGCCGCCAGGCUUCCCGAUGAUGCCGGACUACCUUGCUGGCGUGACCCAGCCGGCGGUGGCCCCCCAGGGGCGGACCUCGGCACCGCAGCCAAGUGAAGCGGCCAAGAAUGACCCCCAGCGAAGCCGCUCGGGAAGUGCCCGGAACAGUCUUGGUCUGUCGGGGGUGGCCAUUCCGCGUUUCGGCCAGGAUGCCCCCCCGUCGGAUGACUCGCCGGGGGUCAUCCCCGAGGCUGACCACCUCUUCGAUGCCGAUGCGCGCGACAUGCCCCAGAUGCCCAGGCAGCGGGAGAAGCGCGAAAAGCGCGACCGGCGCUCGGAGAAUGAGAAGCGAAGCAGCAACCGGAGCCUGGACCUGCAGCAAAAGGACCCGGAGCAGCUUUUCGCCGCGCUGGACUCGAACAAAAGGCACCGGUCCAAAUCCAAGUCCAAGUCCAAGGUGCACCCGUCGCCAAGGAUCACGACCACUUCCAAGGGCCACUUCGAGCUGGAGUUCCUCGGCACGUCCAGCAAUUAUGCGACUCCCUUCCGGAAUACCAGCUGCGUGGCCCUCAAGACCGACAAUUCCACCUGGCUCUUCGACGUCGGCGAGGGUACCCAGCGGCAGAUGCUCCUGUCUUCUGUGCGGCCAUCGCGCGUGGAUCGCAUUUUCAUCACCCACCUCCACGGGGACCAUGUGCUGGGUCUGCCGGGCAUCCUGUUGAACCUUGCCUCGGAUGCCACUCGGCAGAUCCAUGUCUACGGGCCGCCAGGUCUCCGGAACUUCGUCCAGACCUCCCUGCAAACGACCUCCUCGGGGUGGAGCCGCAAGCCGCUGGUCAUUCACGAGCUCUUCCGUCGCCGGUCUUCCCUCACCACGGAGGAUGACUUCGUCAUGGAAAAUGGCUGCUUCAACCUCAUCUCGGCCGAAGAGGCCGGCGGCCUGGAAGUGCUGGCCGUGCCGAUUGUGCACACAGUUGCCUGCUUCGGCUUCGUCGUCAAGGAGCAGCCCUUCCGUGGCCGGGUGGACAAGGAAAUCAUCAAGCGCCUGAAGCUGAGUCACAUCCAAAUGCGAGACAUCAUGGCCGGUGAGACGAUCACCACGUCCGAUGGCCAGAGUCUGACCAAGGCUGACAUCAUCGGGCCCGACCGCCCGGGGCGCAAGAUUG